AUAAAGUUGAUUAUGGUAUCAUCUACACCUAAAAUAAUAUUGGAUUUAUUACAUUCUGGUAAGUGAAUAUCAAAAUCAAAGAGCCAAUUCCUUAAUUCAAAAUAAAAAUUCAUUGAUUCAAUGCAUUCUACAAAGAGAACCAGCAAGGUUUAUUACUUAAUUUUUUCAAACCCCAAAGCACUUAUUGCUGGUUUUCAUUGCUGCAAUGCAUCUUGGUUGAAUGUAGCAAAAGACUUGUCAUUGAUCUCUUUUGCUAAAUCAACCAUCAUGGUCACCAAUUUUUUUGUUAUUUUAUUCUCAUAGGAAUGUUUGAAAAACCCCUUUUAAAUAACUUGUUUUAAUAUUGCUUAGUCUGAUUAUUUAGAUUUUUUUCUGAAGGUUGCCCCAUAAGGAUUAGAUGUGAUCCUGGAACAGAAAAUGGUAUCAUUGCUAGAUGCCAGAUGUUCUUGCGAAGGCAUGGGGGUGACCCCUUAGCAGGUAGAAACAGCUAUAAUGAAGGUUCUUCUAUUAUUAAUCAGCCAAUUGAAUCUUUCUGGAGACAUUUUAGAGAAGAAGGCUUCCAGUUUUGGAUAGAUAAGUUCAAGAGCCUACAACAAAGUGGUAAAUGGGACCCAGGAAAUACUGUCCAUCAGUUAUGUCUCUUGUAUGUUUAUACACCAUUGCUGCAGUUGGAAGUAAAUGAAAUAAAGGAAGACUGGAACUCACACAGAAUAAGAUUUCAGAGGGGUGAAGACAGACCAUGUGGAGUGCCCAAUGAUUUAUAUGAGUUCCCAGCUUUGAAAGGUGCAAAAGAAAUGAAAAAGAAUGUAUUAGCUUCUGAUGCUGUUUACAUUCGGGAAAAGUACAACUUUAACCAACAACUGGUUUACCUCCCUAAAUCAUUUAAAGAUGAGGCAGAUCUAUAUGUUAACUCAACAGGAAGGAUCAUAGACAUAACAACUGCCUCCAAAGCCUAUGAUGAACUAGUUACUCUUCUUAGUUCCUAAAUGUCGUUUCGCUCUAUUUGUAUUACUUUACAACUAUUAUUAAUGAAGUGCGACCCUCAAAGUUUGAUGUCUUGUUUGCUGACUAACAUUUUAAUGGCCGUCAAUCAGAGUUAGAAUUAAGAAAAGAACUCCAGAGGGAGAUUUUAGACUGGAACAAAAAUUUUAGAUGAUUAGAGGAAGAACAUCCUUGAUUUUGUCUUACAUCUCCCUCAAGAUAUAAUUUUUUUCAAUUUUAGUUCUUUGACUGACAGCCGUUGAAAUGCUAGUCGGCAAACAAGACAUCAAACUCCGAGGGUUGCAUUUCAACGAUAAUGUUUAUAUAUAUUCAAUAUCAAUUAAUACACCUUUUCGUAAAUGACGUCAUUAUUCUUGGAUUGAGGCACCAUGGCUAUAGUUUCUAAACAUAAUGUAGUAUUUUAAAAUAAUAGUGGAGGAAAAGAUGGAUAAAUAUAUGGAAUGUGAAAUGAAGCAAGAUACUGAGAAAAUAAACUAAACUUCUCUUUUCCAAUGUUGCACUAUCCCAUCCCCAUAGCAUUAGGGUAACUAUGGUGCAAAACACAACAAAACCUCCCCAUAGUGAUCAAACACAGCUAUCUUGUCUGAAUGAAGCACAAAAAGCUGCCAACUCUCAUGGUGGCGUAGUUACAACUGCUAUGGGGGUCAAAGAUAGUGCAAAGCCUCUAUUGGAAAUGACUGUAUGUCAUGAACACAACUUCAAGCCAUAAAUUUCUAACAUUACUAUUAUUCUCUAGACAGUAUAACUUUAACUUAACUUAAUUUAUCAUAUGUAAUUUAUGAUGUUAUUAUCAAGUGCGAGACCGUCCUAUGAAAUUUUAAUGUCUCCAAAUUGUACUAUUUACACACAUUUUUAAGUGCUUGGCAAAAUAAGAAAAUUUUCAUUUGCCGUUCCUUGUUAGCACUUUUGGUUUGAGAGAUACUUAAGCUUCAAGUGUGUGCUAAUUAGGAGGUUGAUGACGUCAUAUUCUCAACUCAAAGUUAAAUUGCUUCAAUAUAGAUAUCAGUUUGUUUCUAAGUGUAUUAAUGUGAUAAAUAAUUCCAACUUUGCAGUAUGCUUGUUUUUAGAACAAACUGAAGUUGCUAUGACAACUAACUUGUGCCCAGGCCCCAAACAACAUUUUUGGCAUUGUGAUGAUUGUCUUGUUGAUUUUUAACUGAUGCAAAAAAUGUUUGGCUACGUAUUUUUCUAUGACAAUAACAGAUAUUUUAACUUUGUCUUAUUCAAUAACAUUUAAUAUUAGGGGAAAACUCUCAAAAGCUUGAAUUUAAGGUAGGGGUGGCCUGGAACCAAGGCUGUUGCUAUGACAACUAAUCUAUAUAGUUUGUUUUGAAGAACAGCUAAAAUACUUUACUACCAAGUUUGACUGAUCUUGGUUAAAAACGGGAUACAGUGAGAUACAGCUUAUCAUAUUCCUUGGUCUUGUCAAGUAUCAAUCGAGACUAUGAUGUCAUCAACAAAAUGGCCACCAAUUUUUAUAACUCCAAUAUCUUUGUUAGAAUAAAAUAUAUUUAAAAAAGGAAAGCGACAUAUUGCUUCACUAUCAAAAUAAUGUCUUUCGAUCCAGACAAAAAAACAGCAAGUUAAAAAUUUCAUCAGUCUAGCACUUAAAAUUUAACAUCAAAAUAAAUUUCAGGUAAUGAGCUUAUAUGAUAUUUACCAAACAUCAAUUUUUGAUAAAGAUUCUAAGUCAGGCAAAAGCUCCAUAAAUGUGGCUCUCUGUUUGGCAGGUUUGAAGCAUUUUGCCAUGAGAUCUUUGUAUUCUUGAGGAAUGCGUGGAAAGGUGGGAUAUUCCUCUUUUUCUAUGGCUUUUUUUACUUCAACAAAUGUUUUCCCUGUCCAAGCUGGUUGCCUUGAAUAUACUUCACCUGUUAUAACUCCAAAAGAAUACACAUCAACAGCAGUUGUAGCUUUCUCGCCAUGAAGCUGUUCUAUAUGCUGGUACCCAAGUGUACCAGCAUUAGAUCCUGCCAUAUUUGUGACCGCUAAGUCUUUAAGUUUGCUUACACCAAAGUCACAAAUGAUAGGUUUCCUAGAACCAUCUUCAACCUGGAAAAGACAUAUAUUUUGUACAUAUAUUGUAUUUGAUCCUCAACAGAAAGACAUGUAUAUGGUGUGAUUUCAUGUUGUUUGCAUAAUGUUUUGAGAGCAAUCAGUAUUAUGGAUAGAAAUUAUAAUUAUUGACACCAGGGAUUUACAGGUCGCAGGAUUUUGCAUCCUGGAAGAAAAUAAAUUAAAUGGGAACCCAAGCAAUAUUUCAUAUAAUAGUUAAUAGUAAGAUAAUUUACAUUUAUGUAAUAGACCUUUUCUAAUAAAUAUUGAAUUGUAGUUUUUGAAAGAAA